ACCUGAGAAACAAGGGGUACGAAUAUUAUGUGUGUGGGGCAUAUAAAAGAUAGAUUCCUUAGCGUUUGAUGGUCUACAGUGGUUUUCACGUUCAAAUUGUGCAGUCCAAGUUUGAGUUGAGUCCGACAAUGAAAUUUCUGGCAAUUGUUGUGCUGAUGGCUUCGGCCGCGUACGCCGCACCCGCCCCGGACGUCACGCCGGUGUUGCUUCCAAGAGUGCACUUGGCCUCGCCCGACGUCACCCUGAUCAAGCAACCGUACGUGAUACAGCAACACGAGCCCGUGUUCAAGCACGUGUACUACCCGUCGGAACCGGCCUACGUGCACCUGCCGGCGCCUUACGUACCCGCCGCGCACUACGCCUAUCCGCAGCCGGCCGCCAUCUACCACCCGGCCGCACCGUCGUACGUCCAACACUCGGCCGUCAAUUACGUUUUGUAAACGCGCUUACGUAUUUACGCGACAGACAUGGAAAAUGUAUCAAUAGAAUAGCGUGUACAAAAAAACAAAAAUACGUUUAUUAUUUUUUAUUAUUUUUUUAUAUUUUUAUUUACAAAUACAAUAACACAACAAUAAUAUCUCAACAUAUUUUUUAUUUGAAUAAUUUUUGUUUUUUUUUAUACAUUUAUAUUGUUUUGACGGAAAAACUAAUAAAAAAACAAUAAAAUUUCGAUAAUAUCGUA